GUCAGUCGGUAAGCUAGUAUGGAGACCGCUCGACUUCAAACGGUUGUUGUAGCUAGACAUGGAGAGCGCUUAGAUUCUGUAGACGAAGAUUGGGCGAAGAGAAACGUCACAAGAAUUUACGACCCGCCACUAACUAGUCGAGGAGAAGCUCAAGCGACAGAAGCGGGACGUACCAUUGCAAGCAAAGUAAAGGGAAUACGUCACGUGAUUUCGUCUCCGUACCUCCGCUGCCUGCAGACAAGCAAAGCUAUUGCUGAUGUCUUACGUCUUCCAUCGCUCGGAGUGAACAACGACUUGUCCGAGUACCUUGAAGCAUCUCUCUAUCGUAGAAAGCCUAACUUUCCAUCCCCACUCAUGCCAACAAACAUUAAGCUGGAUGAUUCCGGAAUCGACAGCCCUCUACCUCCUCUUCCAGAAGAUAAAUCCGUCGUCUUUGAAAGAUUCGAUCGAGCAAUCAACCAAACAGCGGACAAACACUGGCCGCGCAAUCUCGUGCUCGUUACUCAUGUGAUUGGCGUAUCGAAAGCGGUCUGUCUCGGAUAUCCUUGCGACAAGAUAGACGUCGAGAAAGUGGACGUCUGCGGAUAUGUGACAUUGCAGCGAGAGUGCAGAGGGUCGCUGUGGAAGAUGAUAGACAGUCGCGGAGUCCAUUUUGUGGUCAUAUUGUGAUGCACGUCUGCAUGCAUGCCAUACCUAGCUAGAUGAGCAAAUGGUAAGUUUUGCAAUGUCAAGAUAACGUUAGCUAGA